UGCAAGAAUAACUCAAUAAAAUUUACGAAGAACAGGUUUAGGCUUCAACGCCCUCCUUCAUACUAUCUUUCUUCAUCUCAUUUGGCUAUUCAUGCUCCGUUUCCCCAGCCUCCUCCGACCUUCUCAUAUCUUCCAACUGCAUAUUCUGGGGAUCAUAAGACUUCAUUUUGUCACUCCGACCUUCUCACCCCUCUGCAGAAGCACAGCGAACCCUAGCAGAGCAACGACAAAACCCCAGGUGAGCAUGAAAUCGGGGUGGAAACUUCUGACGUCGGACUAGAGGAAGCCUAAAAAGUUUUCUUUAAAAUGAGAUAGUCGAAAGACGGGACAAUCUAAACGUUGGGUCUGGCUGAAAAACAGGCCAAAGCCGUUUUGCAGUCCAAAUCACUUGGAAAGUGAUGGAUUGUAUCGAGAUUUUUGGUGUUUUUUCACUGUGGCGGCCGCAUGCCCAAGCUCAGGCAGUUAUAACAGUUGCGUUUAAGCCGUCGAUUGCAAUAAGCUGCCCGAGCACAGGAUCGAGGAGGCGACGGAGGAUUUUCUAUCGAGCUCUAGAGGAGAAAUCCCUUAGCCAGCAGGUAUUCUCGGAGACUUCUUCUAGUAAAUCGGAUGUGGAUUAUCUCGGCCAAAGCACGAAAGGGGAUUUGAAUAUCAGGCAAGAGCAUUUGGAGGCGUUUGGUAUGGACCGUGAGGCAGCUUUGGAUGGUCCUAUAGAGGAGAUAGCCAAGACUGAAGUCAAAGAAGCUGAGGCAUUGCUUAGCGGUUUGGGUAUUAUGGAACCAUUUACGGCCAGGCAUUCUGCACAUGGGAUAUUCUGUAGCAGGACUUUAAAUUUCCGGUCAAUUAGUGCCAUCGGUUAUGAUAUGGAUUACACAUUGAUUCACUAUAAUGUGAUGGCAUGGGAAGGGCGUGCAUACGACUAUGGUAUGGCCAAUCUUGAAAGUAUGGGAUUCCCGGUAGAUGAUCUUAAAUUUGAUCCUAACUUGGUAUGUUUGAAAGGGCAUGUUAAAGAGAUGGUUGACAGGUUAGAUGAAGGAACCAUGCCUGCAAUACUUGGACCACUUGAUUAUAAGGGGCUUUUUAAGGCAGUUUCUAAAGCUUUGUUCAGAGCACACGUAGAAGGCCAGCUUAAGAGGGAGAUAAUGGCUGAGCCAGAGAGAUUUGUUGAACCAGAUCAUGAAAUUCCAUUGGCACUUUUAGAUCAAAAGGAGGCUGGAAAAAAGUUGCUGCUAAUCACAAACUCUGAUUACCAUUACACAAACAAAAUGAUGCACUAUGCAUUCAAUAGGUUUCUCCCUAAUGACAUGGGAUGGCGAGAUCUGUUUGAUAUGGUUAUAGUCUCUGCCAGGAAACCUGAAUUUUUCCAGAUGUCACACCCCUUAUAUGAAGUUGUCACUGCUGAUGGAUUAAUGCGUCCAUGUUUCAAGGCACAUUCAGCAGGAGGCUUGUAUUCAGGCGGCAGUGCGCAGAUUGUAGAGAAGUCCCUAGGUUUUCAAGGUGAUGAGAUUUUAUAUGUUGGUGAUCACAUUUUCACGGAUGUAAGCCAAUCCAAAGUUCAUCUGCGAUGGAGGACGGCAUUAAUAUGUCGAGAGCUGGAAGACGAGUUUAAUGCUCUAGUUUAUAGCCGUGAUCACAGAAAAGCGUUGAUUAAGCUUGUACAUCAGAAGGAUGUUGUGGGGGAUUUGUUUAAUCAGCUACGUCUUGCACUGCAACGAAGAUCUAAAGAUCGUCCAGCACAGACUCUAGCAGCGACAAAAAUGGCUGACCAUGAACUCACGGAGAACAUGCAAAAGCUGCUUAUAGUCAUGCAAAGGCUUGAUCAGAAAAUUGGACCCAUGUUAGAGGCGGAUGGUGAAUACUUCAAUAAAAGGUGGGGAUAUAUAUCACGUGCUGGUUUGUGGGAUAAAAGUCACCUUACAAGACAAAUUGAGAAGUAUGCUGACAUAUACACAUCUAGGGUCUCUAACUUUCUUCAUUAUACUCCCUUCAUGUAUUUUUGUUCACAGGAGCAGACAAUAGCGCAUGACUUAUACUCGUAUACAUCUAAUAGGAUUGGAAACCAUGAUUUAUAGCUAAACUUCAUCUCUCUUAAGAGUGGCUGCUCAAGAGUUUGUCAGAAUGAGGACCAAUCUAUAGCUUUUCGUGUAAUUGCUAUAUAGUUAUGGUUUUAGUGUAUAUUCUCUGUAAAUUAAAAUUUUGCAGUUUCUGAUUUUUCUUUUCCAUUUACUGCGUAGAGCAAAAUAUAGUCAUUUAAGUGUUUAGAGUUUUUCAUGGUAGAUUUUUGAACAGCUUCAUUUUCUUUUGGAAUGUGUUUGUUGAUGCUUAUUUACAGUUCUUGUAAAUUAUUGAGAAAAAGAACUAAGCCUGUAGCCACAAAACACUGAUCUAAUAGAUGUUA